CACUUCUCGGUCCCGCGGUGAACAAAGAACUGCCCUUGGCAGCGUCUGAUGAAUGGGACUGUGCCUCCUACCGGCCACACUCCCGAGUCUGGCCGACCUUCCAGUGUCCGGGCUGGGUGAUGUGGGGAGCCGUCCAGUGCCGUGUCCUGUCCCAGGAGGCCCUGUCCGGGGUGACAACCACGAGGAGCCUGGGGCUGGCUCUGCCUUUGUGCCCCUGAGAUGGCUUGUGGCCACCCCAGGGUGGAGCCCAACGCCUGAGGUCCUGACCAUGGUGAUGAUCCUGAGGAAAAGCCUCGACAGCCAAGCAUCGGGGUCCACGGCACGCGGGACCCUUCCCCCUGAGCUGCACACGCCAAAGAAGAUGAGUCACGGGCCGACCCUGUUCUCCUGUGCAGUGGCGGAAAACGGCAGAUGGCGAGACCUGGACGGGAAGUGCCCCCUGCAGACAGAGCCUCGGGGUGCUAGCCUCUGGGAGGGCUUCCCCGAGAGGUGCCCGACUGGGGCCCUGUGGACGCAGGAGGCCGCCGCAGCCGCCGCCUGCGCCGUCACCAAUCUCAUCCAGGACCUGAGUCUCAGUGACGCUAGUGGGGGCCCGGUGGCGCCCCCCAGCAAGCGUCCAUGCCGUUCCCUGUCCUUCUCAGAUGAACUGUCCAGCUGCCGGAGCUCUUGGCGGCCACUGGGCUCACGGGUGUGGACGCCAGUGGAGAAGCGGCGCUGCUACAGCGGGGGCAGCGUGCAGCGCUUCUCAGGGGCUCCCAUGCAGCGCAGCUCCAGCUUCAGCCUGCCGUCUCGCCCUGAUGCCCGCUCACCCUGCCCUGGCCCCCUAGCACCAUCCCGGCCCCAGCCCUGUAGCCUCACUGGAGGGGCCCGGCUGGACCUGCAGCGCUCCCUGUCCUGCUCCCAUGAGCGCUUCUCCUUCUCCGGGGAUGGGCCCCCCUCAGCCAGCAGUACUCCCGCAUCCACGCCCGAGCUGGCCCGUCGUCCCAGUGGGCUCGCCCGGAGCCGCUCCCAGCCCUGCGUCCUCAACGACCGGAAGGUGGGUGUGAAGCGAAGGCGGCCAGAGGAGGUGCUGGAGCCGCGGCCGUCACUGGACCUGGCCAAGAUGGCCCAGAACUGCCAGACCUUCAGCAGCCUUAGCAGCCUGGGAGUGGGCGUGGACAUUGGCGGGCCCCGUGCCUGGACCACCUUCCUCUCGGCCCCUGGGGGCAGGACACCAGCCGGGACCCCCGUUCCUGAGCCACCGGUCUGCAGGGAAGAGCUGGGCUGGGAGGAGCCCGAUGGCACUGCUCUGGAGGAGGGUCCAGCCUGGCGGGGCAGCGCAGUCCGGGGCAGCCCCUGCUCCCUGGAUGGGGAGCUGGACAUUGAGCAGAUUGAGCAGAACUGAGGGGCCCGCUGGCUGCAGGCGAACCCCACGCAGACCUGGCAGCUUCUUGGAAGGAGGGGGUUCCGCCUCACUAUGCCACGUCGCGGGGCACCCCGUCUUACCAGCACCAGCACGGCGGGAGCCCUGAGUGGCGCUCCCUGGAGUCCCUCUUCUCGGGGGAUGUCAGGCCCCCGAGCUCAGGUCACUCACUGUGCCUUCACCCCUCCCGCUUCUAGUCACCCCAGAACCACUGGCCUUAAGGGCACACGCAAGGCCCUCGCCCGGCCAAAGCCGUCAUACCUAUGGGGGCUGGGAAGUCAUCUGCUGGCCACAAAACCACCCCCUAACCCCUGUCCCUCUGGGGGUCCCUGUGCCAGGGUGAGCAAGGGUGGCGGUUCCACUCACCUGCCCUCAGGGGUCAACUGGGUUUGCCUUGCUUGAACCAGGCUGGCCCUGCAUGGGGGCAGAGGGCACUGUGGUCUGAGUACUGGGCCUCUCACCCUUCUAGGGCCAUAUGCAGGGGCCCAGCCCUGUGCCCUCCCCCCCAAAGCUUCUCGGGGGUUCCCCCAUCAAAUUCUGUGGCACAAGCUGGGGUUCUUUG